CAAGAUGGUCAAGAGGUGCAGUACGCCCUAAAUUACUCUGCAGGAACACAUAUGAGGGGCAACAGAGGUUUGUGGAUAAGCAUGAUGCUACGGCAGUGGGCUUUCGCUGUGCUCUUACUCAGCAUCCCUCUACCUGUCCAAGGGAGACCCAUCCAUGCUCUCAGCAACAGACUGAGACGGUCAGUGAGCCAUGCCCAACUGAUGCACGACAGAGGCCGGUACCUGCAGGACAGGAAGAGGCAUCUGUGGCUCCAGCAGCUUUUUGAGCAGGUACACACUGCCGACUCAUGGGACGCUCCCUCCAACCGUCACGUCAGCCCCCAGACGGUCACCUGGGGCGUACCCAGGCCGAAACCUGCUAGCAAUGCCAAGGACCUGCCCUUGGACUUUCAGCUGGAGCAGACGGACACCGGCGACAGCCUGCCGCAGGAGACCAACAAGGAGCAACCCCUGCAAGCAGCCACCAAGAGAAAGAAGAGAGUGUGCCUGAGAAAGUGGAGAGACAGCACUAAAAGAAGAACAUGGCCAUGUUCAGCCCAGGCGCCGUUAAGAGGUCAGUGA